GUGAAAGAGCAGCACCUUCGCCCCGUAUAAACCUAACCCUAUACUGCUUUGCUGCUAGUUAUCAAGAGUAAUGGAGGAGAAGGCACAGAUCCAAUUCCCAAGAGUGACACUGGGCAGUCAAGGAUUAGAGGUUUCUAGAUUAGGCUUCGGUUGCGUUGGACUAUCAGGACUAUACAACGCUCCUCUUUCUCAAGAAGCUGGAUGUGCAGUUAUUAAGGAAACAUUCGAUAGGGGCAUCACCUUCUUUGAUACAUCAGAUCUCUAUGGGCAUGAUCAUGACAAUGAAAUAAUGGUUGGCAAGGCUUUGAAACAGCUUCCUCGAGAAAAAAUUCAACUGGCUACAAAAUUUGGGGUGGUCAAGUUAGAGGGGGAUCGCUAUGGUCAAUAUGGGGUAAGGGGCAGCCCAGAAUAUGCUCGGGAAUGCUGUGAAGCUAGUCUUAAGCGGCUUGAGGUCGAUUAUAUUGAUCUUUACUAUCCACAUCGCAUCGACGUUACAGUGCCAAUCGAGGCUACUAUGGGGGAGCUUAAGAAGCUGGUUGAAGAAGGAAAGAUAAAAUAUAUUGGAUUAUCAGAAGCUAGCGAUGACACUAUAAGGAGAGCUCAUGCGGUUCAUCCCAUCACAGCAGUACAAAUGGAGUAUUCCCUUUGGGCCCGUGACAUCGAAGAUGAGAUUGUUCCAGUUUGCCGGGAGCUUGGUAUUGGAAUAGUUGCAUACAGCCCUCUUGGUCGUGGUUUCUUUGCUGGAAAGGCAGUUCUUGAGCCCUUGCCCCCGGAGAGCGUAUUGUCUAUGUUUCCAAGGUUCAGCGGGAAAAAUUUUGAGAAGAACAAAAAUCUUUAUAACAAACUUGCCAAUCUGGCUGAAAAGCAUGCCUGCACCACUCCUCAACUAGCUUUGGCAUGGCUUCUCCAUCAGGGUGGAGACAUUGUCCCAAUCCCUGGUACAACUAAAGUUAGGAACCUUGAUAACAACAUUGGUUCCUUGUCUGUAAAACUCUCUGAAGAUGAUCUGAAUGAAAUUUGCGAUGCCGUGCCCAUAGAUGAAGUUGUUGGUGCUCGACAAAUUGCUGCUCUUUCUCACCAGGCUUGGAAUUUUGCCAAUACCCCAUCAAGGUAA